AUGGCCGGAAGAAACGCUGGGAGGAAUGAUGAGGCUCUUGCUGCAGCUAUGCAGGUAAUGGCUCAGGCGUUCCAGAACCCACCCAAUGCUGACGAGAACGUGGGGUCUCGUAGUCUGGUGACGUUUCAGAGGGAGAACCCGCCUACUUUUCUGGGUAGGUAUGAUCCUGAAGGAGCCUUGGCUUGGUUGAAGGAGAUUGAAAGAAUCUUCAGAGUGAUGGAUUGCACUCUUGUGCAAAGGAUCCGUUAUGGAACUCAUAAGCUGUCAGGUGAAGCCGAUGAUUGGUGGGUGGACACUCGUCUAAGGUUGGAAACUACGGGCGGGGAGAUUACUUGGGAAGUGUUUCGUAGAGAAUUUCUGAGGAAGUAUUAUCCAGAAGAUGUGCGAGGAAAGAAAGAGAUUGAAUUCCUCGAGUUGAAGCAAGGGAACUUGUCAGUCACGGAGUAUGCUGCUAAGUUCACUGAAUUGGCUAAGUUCUAUCCUCACUAUGAUGGAGCCAAUGCCGAAUUCUCUAAGUGCAUCAAGUUUGAAAAUGGAUUGCGUCCGGAAAUUAAGAAAGCUGUGGGAUAUCAAAAGAUUCGCGUCUUUGCGGAUAUGAUUGAUAGUUGUAGAAUCUUUGAAGAGGACAAUAAUGCACACUAUAAGAUCUUGUCUGAGAAGAGAGGAAGGGGCCAACACAGCCGUGGUAAGCCAUAUGAAACUCCGGUUGGAAGAGGGAAACAAAAAGUGAUUCCGGGUCGAAGAACAAAUGGGGGAGAUGCUUCUGCUAAUGUUAUCUGUUUCAAGUGUGGAAAGUCGGGUCACAAGAGUAAUGUGUGUAGGCUUGGUGAAACGAGAUGUUUCUGUUGUGGUAUGCCGGAAGCAUGCGACUUUGUAUUGAUUAUAGACAAUUGA